AUGCCUGUUCAGCUCAAGUGGCCUUUCCUAGGUAUUGCCAUUCCCUGUUUCCUGAUUUCCUUCAUCGGUUACAAUGCUCAUUAUUUCAUACUAAGUAACUUUCUUUCCACACAAAAGCAAAUAUGGUUUGAAUUUAGCUUAACAAUGAUAUGGUUUUCAUACUACCUGGCUAUUUAUACACUACCAGGUCAACCUCUACCAAAUUUUCAACCAUCAAAGAAUUCCUGGAAAAGCUAUUGUAAGAAGUGUCGAAAUUACAAACCAGAACGUGCUCAUCAUUGCAAAACAUGUAAUCAGUGCGUCUUAGCUAUGGAUCACCAUUGUCCCUGGACUAAAAAUUGUGUUGGAUACUAUAAUUUUCCACAUUUCAUGCGUUUUUUAUUCUGGGUGAUAGCUACUACUGGAUAUUUACUGUAUGAGUUAUGUUUGAGAGCGUAUUUCAUAUUAUCAAAUCAUAAUUCCCCCACUUACCUGUGGAACAAAUCUGAAUUAAUAUUUCUUACAAUAUUAAUACCAAUGGAUGGUUUUAUCUUGCUUACCAUUAGCAUAUUAUUCAUUAGAUGUCUUUCAAAUCAGAUUUUCUGUGGUAGAACUCAGAUCGAAACUUGGGAAUAUGAGAGGUUAGAAGGCUUAUAUUACAGCAAGCGACUGCUGCCUCAUUUAUUGGCAAAUUUUUGGGAACUCUAUCCUGAACUUCGUACUAGAGAAUUGGAGGAUGAGGCUUCUAGGCUUUCUACGAGAAGGCGUAUCGGUCUUGACCAUUUGGUAAAUUUCCCUUACGAUAUCGAUCCAUGGUCAAAUACCAUAGAAUUUCUGGGUUCUCCUCUAUUCUGGCUUUGGCCUUUUGGAAAACCUAAAGGUGAUGGUAUGUUUUUCCCAAAAAAUGAUAUCUCAGAAUUUGAAGAAACAAAUCUCACGGAUAUGCUACUUGCCUUGCCAUGGCCGCCAGAUGGCGGUAAAGACAAGGUUAUUAGCAUUGAUGGGCCCAACGCCGUUGAAACUACAGUAAGAGACGGAGAACAAGUGAUAAGAAAAAGAUUAGUGGAUCCGAGAGAUCCUUCUUCAAGAACACAAUGGCAAAAUACAUGGGGAGAAAACCUAGAAGACUUUGGGGUAGAUGUGGACGCCGAAUAG